AUGGACCCAGGGGAGGCUCACGCCCAGCGGCCAGUCACUUUAGACAUCACUGUGGAGGAUGUAAACAGGGAAGCUCCAGCUCCAGACCUUUUAGAGGCAGCCACCAGCGAGACCCCUCCCAGUGACAACAUCAUCCUGCCCCAACAAGACAGCAUUGACCUGGGCGGCGGGGAGUUUGUCACCCCUCAGGAGGACAGCAGUGCCACGGCCUCGGAGAGCCUGAUGGACAGACUCAAUGACCAGAUGAUGGAGAGCGUCAUGAUUUCUGACUCGCCUAAUAACAGUGAGGAGGACGAGGUGGGACCUAUUGACUCCUUGCUGGAUGGAGGUGAAGAGGAAGGUACAGCCACAGACAACAAAGGGGAGGAAGAUCAAACUGGACAGAACACGACUGAUAUUAAGGUUUCAACAGAACAACAACAGAAUGAAUGUUUAGAAGAGGACACAAAGGAGCCGAUGGAGGCACCAGAGCAAGUCGCAACCUGUGUUACACCUGAAGCUGAAAUUCAGAGUGAGACACUUAUUCUGAGUCAUGAACCAGAACCCCAGUCAACAAAAGAACCCAGCCCAAAAGAUGAGGCUAUUCCGGUGUGUACUAUAUUCAACCAGGGCACCCAGCCCAAAUCACUAAUGCCCGAUGGCUUUCAGCCCACUCUUAUCAAGUCCCCCAGCUUUAGUUUGGGGAGUGGGGGGGCGACUGAUGAGGCAGUGACCCCCAAUAAGCUGACCGCCCCUUUAGUAUGUCAGCCUAGCCCGAGUCUCAGUAAGUUCUUCACCGACAACGGACAGACAAACCCAGCCGUGGACUUCUUCGAUUCUUUCACCGUCCCGUCCUCGUUCAUCUCCGUCUCCAACCCCAACGCGGACGUUCCUCCUGGCUCCGCCCCCAUACCUCACACCCCCGAGCGCCAGCUAUCCUCCACCUCCUCCUCAAUCUCCACCCCGGGCGGAAAUCUGGACUCUGGUGCUCCCACUCCCGGUUCAGUUUUUGGCCCUCCUCCUCCUCCUUCUUCUGAGCCCCUGACUCAGACUCAGCCCCCGGCCUCCACCACCCAGGCUCAGCCCUUUUCUCAGCUCCAGGCCGUGUUUUCGGGGAGUGAUGACCCCUUCGCCACAGCGCUGAGCCUGAGUGAGGUGGACCGUCGCCAUGACGCCUGGAUGCCGAGUGAGGCCACCAGGAAAGUCCUGAUCUCUGUGGCCACUCAGCAGUACAGUCCGGCCUACGUAGAGACCAGCAAACUCACCAUGCCUGGACUCAAGUUUGACAACCUACAGGGGGAUGCGGUAAAAGACUUAAUGCUCCGGUUCCUGGGAGAGCAGGCGGCCAUGAAGCGUCAGGUCCUGACCGCCAGCUCUGUGGAGCAGUCCUUCAGCGGCCUCAAGCAGCUCAUC